AUGGCCUCAGAAUCAGCAACAGGGUCGUACUCGAACCCCCUUAAGAAAUUCAAAUUGGUCUUCCUUGGAGAACAGAGUGUUGGAAAGACAUCCCUGAUUACCAGAUUUAUGUACGACUCAUUCGAUAACAUGUACCAAGCUACAAUUGGUAUCGACUUCCUGUCGAAAACAAUGUACCUCGAAGACAGAACCGUCCGCCUCCAACUAUGGGACACAGCUGGCCAAGAGCGAUUCCGCUCCCUAAUCCCAUCGUACAUCCGCGACUCAAGUGUAGCAGUAGUCGUCUACGACAUAUCUAACGCCAAAUCGUUUCAGAACACGCGCAAAUGGAUUGACGAUGUGCGCGGGGAACGGGGCAACGACGUAAUCAUCGUGCUUGUGGGGAACAAGACGGACUUGAACGAUCGACGAGAAGUUACCACGGCGCAGGGCGAGGAGGAGGCUAAGAAGAAUGGGCUCAUGUUCAUUGAGACGAGCGCAAAGGUUGGACAUAAUGUCAAGCAGCUGUUUCGGAGGAUAGCGCAGGCGCUGCCUGGGAUGGAUGAUGAGGCGGGACGGGGGGCCAAUCAGAUGAUCGAUGUUAACAUCAACCCUACACAACCUGUGAGCAACGAUGGAUGCGCAUGCUAG